AUGUUCAUUGUGGUUCUCGAAAGCUGUAGAGACUUAUCCAAUUGGGGUCUUCCAUCCGCCAUUGUGUAUGCGUAUAGAGCCAGGAAUAUCAACAUCAUGUUUCCGUGGCAAGUAGAAUGCCUCUCAAUGAAGAAUGUUCUAGACGGUGGUAAUCUGGUUUACUCUGCCCCUACAAGCGCAGGGAAAACUUUAGUGGCUGAAAUACUAAUGCUGAAGAAAGUGGUUGAGACGAGAAAGAAAGCCCUGAUGAUUUUGCCAUUUGUGUCGGUUGUGCGUGAGAAAGUGAAUUAUUUUCAGGAGAUGUUUCAAGAUGCUGGCAUUGUAGUUGGUGGUUAUAUGGGUGCCCAUAGACCUGCAGGUGGUUUCAAAGCUGUUGAUAUUGCAAUCUGCACCAUUGAAAAAGCUAAUAAUCUUAUAAAUCGGUUGAUGGAGGAAAACCGGUUAGAUGAAUUAGGAAUUUUAGUAGUUGAUGAGCUUCACAUGCUGGGUGAUCAUAGUCGAGGUUACUUAUUGGAGCUACUUCUCACUAAACUGCUUUACAAUAGCAAAAAAAAUAAUGUAAAUAUUCAAGUUGUGGGAAUGAGUGCAACUCUGCCAAAUCUCAACGUCCUCGCUUUCUGGCUGAAUGCCGAAUUAUACCGUACAGACUAUAGGCCUGUACCUUUGCAGGAAAUGUACAAAAUUGGAAAUAUGAUUUUUGAUGCUAAAACUUCUCAACUGAGCAGAGAUCUCAAAAAUAUAGAACUGUCUUUUCCUAAUGAUUCUGAUCACACUAUUUACCUGACAAUGGAAACCAUUGCAGCCGGUCACGGUGUUUUAAUCUUUUGUCCAUCAAAAAAUUGGUGUGAAAAGUUGGCUACAAAUAUUGCUAGAGAAAUUUACAAUACUGGUAAACCGUCUGGAAAACUACACGGUAAUUCAUCUGUGAAUAAUUUAGGAGAGAAAUUGCGUGAGCAUAUAAAUGGUACAGCUGUUAACAGCAUUCUUCAACAGUUAAAGGAAUCACCUGCUGGGUUGGAUUCAGUUCUGGUUCUUACGGUUCCGUUUGGAGUUGCCUUUCACCAUGCAGGACUAACUUUUGAUGAGCGUGAUAUUGUUGAAGGUGCUUUUAAGCAAGGAAUUCUCAAAGUUUUAGUAGCCACAACAACUUUAUCCUCUGGUGUGAAUCUUCCAGCUAGAAGAGUUUUGAUCCGAUCUCCCUUGUUUUGUGGCUCUGUUAUUGAUGUUUUGAGCUAUAAACAAAUGGUCGGAAGAGCGGGAAGAAAAGGAAUAGAUAAUGCAGGUGAAAGUAUUUUGAUAUGUAAAGAUUCUGAGAGGAAUGCAGGCAUGUCAUUGGUGAAAGCAGAACUACCACCUGUUAAAUCUUGCCUCAUACGAUCUGGUAAAAAUGGUUUGCAUUCCAGCUUAAAACGAGCUAUCAUUGAGGUGAUAGCCAGUGGUGUUGUCUGUUCUCACGAAGAAGUUGCUCAGUAUGCUGGAUGUACUCUACUUUUUGCUUCUAUGAUACAUGAAAGCAACUCCAAGGAUCUAUCAGAUGAUGACGUAGACGCAUCCAUAAAUAAAUGCCUAAAUUACCUUCUUGACAAUGAAUUUAUCUUUAAACAGGAAAAAAAUGAAGAGGGUAUCAUUCAGAUAAGCUACAAACCAAGUCAGCUGGGUCUUGCAGUUUUAGCGUCUGGAUUUUCUCCUGAGGAUGCUUUGCGGGUGUUAAAAGAACUUCAGUUAGCUCGAAGAUGUUUUGUUUUAGAAAAUGAUUUACAUAUCUUGUAUGAAGUUACACCUCCCUAUUUAAGUGAACAAAUGGGAGCAAUAAACUGGAUGCAGUUCUUAUCAAUUUGGGAAGAUCUUUCUGAUGAAUAUCAAAGAGUUGGUGAAUUAAUUGGUGUGCGAGAAAGUUUCAUAGGACUUGGAGUCCAAGGGCGGCUUAACAGAAAUGAUAGUAAAACUGCACAUAAACUUGCUAUUCAUCAGCGAUUUUUUGCAGCCUUAGCACUGAAUGAUCUAAUUCAGGAAACUCCCCUGUCUGCUGUUUCUGAAAAAUACAGUUGUACUAAAGGCAUUUUACAGUCACUUCAGCAAACAACAUCUACUUUUGCUGGAAUGUUGACAAUUUUCUGCAAUCGACUUGGAUGGCACAAUUUAGAACUGUUGUUUACUAACUUUCAAAAACGAGUUCAUUUUGGUGUGCAGCAAGAAUUAUGUGAACUUGUUCAGCUGUCCACAUUGAAUGCCCAGAGAGCAAGAUUCUUGUACAAUGCAGGAUUUGAGACCAUUGCUUCUUUGGCUAGUGCUGAGCCCAAGGAUUUGGCCCUUUUACUUUGCAAUGCAGGAUCAUUUGAAAGUGCAAAACAACUUGAUGGUGCUGUGGCUGAAGAAGCUUUACGCCGCUGUGAAGUGAAAAGAAUACGAAUAACUGGAAAACAAGGUGUGGAUGAAACAGAGGCUGCCAAGUUAAUAAUAAAAGAAGCUCAGAUGUUCAUUAAGCAAGAGCUUGGUAUUAAAACAAUAUCAUGGCGAGCAGAGAAAGUUUCAGAGCCUCAACCUACUCAGGUAUCAAAUGAUAGAAAAAAUGUGGAACAUGAAAACGUCUCUGUGGAUUCACCCAUUUCAAAUAAAUCCAAAAUGGAGGCUUUAUCAGUGAGUUUAUCAAAAGAGCUGUUGGACAGCUGUAGAAAAGUGAAACAGGAUAGUAACCCCACUAGCUACAAUAAGUCACUGUCAAAUAUGAGUUCUAUUCAUACAGAAAAAGCAGAUGAAAUAUUGCAAAAUAGUAAGACAUGUAACGUAUCUGGUUCCAUUCAUUUUUCUGAGGGUACUCCAUUGGAUUUGAUUGUAGAUAAGGCACCUGUUUUGAACUCUACAUUCAGUAAAGGAAAGGGUGGGGAAAAUGUUGGAGAGGAAGAAGUUACUACUAGGGAGGUAAACAAAAGCUCUAUUCUUCAGAACUCAGUUAGACUUGUUGGCAACGAACAAAUUAUAGCAACUACUGAUUCAAAAAGCUCAUGUCGUUUACAAAAUGCUGAUGUAAAUCAUCAAGCAGAUGGGAGUUUCAACAAUAGGGAAUAUAAUGUAGACCUAAAUGUACCUGAAAUUGAAUUUCUUUUUGAGUCCUUUGAAAAAAGCAUGAUUUCUCGUUCAUUGAACGAUAAAGCUCAAAAUGGCUUGGUUUUGGAUGAUAAGUCGUUCAAUGAAAUUUUAUUGUCCCAAACAGCAGAAACAGGUGACAUAUACUUAUCAGAAUCAUUCGUGGAAGGAAAUGUAAAUUCUAAUGAGCAUUUGACUGCACCAUCCAGAGAAAUGUAUUUUUCUCCUAAUUUGCAAACAGUUGCUAAAACUGAGUGCAACAAUCACAAAGAUUCAGUUGCAAUCAAUGAUAAAAGCAGAGAAAAAAUGUGUAUUCUGAGUGAUUCUCAGAUUGAUUUCAUCUGCGACAAAGCAAUUUUUGCUUCUCAGGAAAAUUGUAAUUGUUUGGGUGUUGAAGACAAUGAAAUGCUACGGAAAAGCCUUAACAGUACAGGAAAGUGGUGUUUUACUGAAGAAUAUACUGCCGCAAAAGAUACUGAAACUAAAAUCCAAAGCACACCAAGAAGGAGCUUAGAUAAUGAAGUGGCUAUUGAUGAUAAUAACAUAAUAAAUGAAUUGUAUUCACCUAUUGAUGCAGGUUUUGAGCAAAAGGGCGUUAAACAGCCUUUUGAAGCUUUUGGUGAUGGAAAAAAUUCUUCUAAAGAAAUCUUAACUGCAGAAAAAGAUAUGGAAACUAGUGGAGAUUUGUUUGAACCAGAUGAACUGAUUCUGAAAGAUGAGGAACACAUAAAGAAUAAAAAUAACAUUUUGGUAACUGAACAUAAGACUGUAAAUUCACACAUCGACAUAAAGGGAAUUAGGCACAAGGUUUAUGAUUUUCUUACAAAACAUGAUUACAAGCAUAAUCAAGACCAGAUACAGCAACCUAGCAAAAUUAAGAAUGCCUUGAGAAGAAUUGAGUCUGAAAUGUUCAUUCCUACAAUUGAAAAUGAAGAUGAAAUUGAAAAGAAUCCCCCAGAUGAAAUUGAGGAGGUUCCAUGCUUGAAAGGGAACACCAUACAAAGGAUGGAAGAUAAAAGUUGCACUCUGUCGCUUGAUAGUUUUGAUGAAUUGAUGGUUCGAAACAGUACAGAUAUUUUCAAUCCUGAAACUACAAAAAUGGGAAAUGAGAGGCUGGGCAGAAAGUUCAAUGAAAUUACUGCUUCUUUAAUGGAAGAAAGCUCAAAAAUAUUCAAAUCAUGGGAAACUACUUUAACAGAAAUUUCAGAAAAGAAAAGCUUAAAUGUUAGUAAGUGCAAGGAAAAUAAGUUUUGUGAAAUACCGGUGAAAGAAAUUGAAUCACAUUCAAAAGAUGUGGGCACCAGAAAAGUUAUGCAGCUUAGUCAGGCAGAAAAGGUACCAAUUCAGAGUAAAAAUAUUUUCAAAACAGAGCCAGCAAAUGAAGAGGCUGUUAAAAGUGAAGAAGUGGAGAAGUUGCACUUUGAAAGCAAUUCUAGUUUUUUUGAACCUUGGGAAGAAUCUCAAAAUAUUAUUACUCCUACCCCUGCUACGGAACAGGUAAAAUUGGUGAACGAUUCUUGUAAUGAAAAUUGCCAGCUAACUGAUGAUUUUGUUAAUGAUUCAAAAAUUUUUCAGACUUGGGUAAACUCACAAUGCAAUACGACAACAAAAGUUACAGAAAAUAAAGACCUAGAGAAAUCAAGGAGUACUAAUAAUGACAAUGAAAGAUGCUUAAUUAAAGCACAUUCAAGGCUUUUUGAGUCACAUAGAAACUUUCAACGCCCUUCAUCCCCUCUAAAGUCGGAGGAAGUUUCAAAAAAUAGCCCUAAUCGGAAACAGAUUGAAGUAGGCAGUGGCGAUAUUGCAUUAGAUGAAAAUAUGUUUAUGAGUCCGGCUGCUGAGUUUACUAGUUUCUCAUCAGAUUGCUUAUCCCCUACUCCUCCCAAAACCAUGUCCACGAUAUGUAAUGAAAGAACACAAACGAACAAAACAGUGAAUUCACCUUGUAUAAAUAAAUUGAAAAAUGCAAGAAAGAAUGAGUCAAGUGCUUCUUAUCAAACUCCCAAAUCUUUACGAACAAAUUUUUCUAGAAAAGUGUUGCAAUCUGUGGAAAAAAUGUCUCCUUUAAAAACACCCAGCGCAGCUGAAGUUUUAAAUUUUAAAAUUGUGGAGAUUUCAAGUAAUGAGUUGAAAAAUUUCGUGAAGCAAUUAGUGAAGGUACCUAUGUUUGCGCUAUCUGUUGCUUGUGAAAAAGCCUUUUGUGAAAAGACAGUUAGCAUUGGUCCUCCAAAAACAAAAGAAAAAACAACAAAUGCUUCUCUGAAUGAUUGUAUCGUCAAUUCUGAUAUUAGAUUAACAGGCUUGUCUUUGUGUUGGGGUGACACUGCCUUCUUCAUUAAAUUUUAUGACUGUGAUCCCUCUGGUAAGAAUUGAAUACUUGAUAAAAUCAAAUUAGUUCAAGAUUUUUUUCAAAAACUGUCCUCUAGUAAAACUAUUGCUGCAUAUGACCUAAAGACUCAUUACAAAGUUUUAUGGCAAGGAUGCAAGAUACCUCUCCCACAAAGCAAGAACAUAACUUACAUGGAUCCAUCCAUUGCUGCUUGGCUUUUAGAUUCUGAGCAAGGCCAACUAUCUCUGCAAUCACUGGUUUCCAAAUUUUUUCCUGAUGCUAUGAAUUGCAUGCAAGAGUUUGACAAUAGAAAUGGCAGCAUUGGUUAUCAUUAUUGGAGCUCUGUUCCUGGAAUCAAAAGAGCUGCAGCAGAGUCAUACAUUUCUUUUCAUUUGACAAACAUACUUCUGAAUGAAUUGAGGAAUAAAAAAUUGCAUUCAACUUUUACAGAUGUCGAAAUGCCAGCCAUACUUUCUGUAGCCAAAAUGGAACAAAAUGGCUUAGGAUUUAAUUUGAAAUUGGCUAUGAGCUAUCGUCGAGAACUUCAGAAAAAACAGCAAGAACUUUUUAAGAAGUCUCAGCAGAUGGCUGGUAGGAAUUUCAAUAUUAAGUCUUCAAGAGAAAUUUCCAGGAUAUUAUUCAAGGAAUUGAAACUGAAUUCAUCACAGUUAUUGAAUAGCCCUUUGGCAAACAGGCACCUCUCGAUUGGAACUGUGACUCGAAGCGGUGGCAGAAGAUUACCACCCGAUUUGAGAACAAAUAAGGAAUGCCUAGAAAAAGUAAUGCACUUGCAUCCUUUGCCAAAAGCAAUUUUGGACUGGAGGAAAAUUUCCUUUGCGACAUCUAAGGUGUUGAUGCCACUGUUGAGAGAAAAUAAAUUUAACAGCUUCCUUAACAUGGAUCGAUUAUAUAGCACCUGCUAUGUAUACACUGUUACUGGGAGAAUCAACAUGCACACUCCGAAUCUGCAGUUUGUUCCAAGAGAUUUUAAUGUUGACAGUCAAACAGAUUCCAAAAAUGACAAAGAGGAAGACGGCAGCUACACUGAAGAAGAUAUAUUGCAGUAUGGAGUCAGCCUUCGCAAGAUGUUCAUUCCUUCUUCAGGUAGUCUUCUAUUAUCUGCUGAUUAUUCUCAACUGGAACUUCGUAUACUAGCCCACUUAUCUGGUGAUUCAAUUCUGAUCAAAUCUCUCAACAGUGGCGAUGACAUAUUUACUCAAAUUGCAUCUACGUGGAAAAAAAUGCCCAUCGCAUGCGUGUCUGAUGAAAUCAGGCAGCAAGCUAAAAAAAUUUGUUACGGUAUAAUAUAUGGAAUGGGUGCCAAAGCACUUUCUCACCAGUUAAAGACUACAGAAGAUGAAGCUGAGUUUUUUAUGAAGACUUUUAAAGCAUCAUAUCCAGCACUUUCAGAAUACUUGAAGACAAUUGUUGAAAGCUGUCAAGCGCAAGGCUGUGUCUAUACAAUCAAUAAGCGUUGUCGACAAAUAUCACUUAUCAACAGUGAAUUCCCAGGAGAAAGAGCUCAAGCUGAGCGUCAAGCUAUAAACACAACUAUCCAAGGAUCUGCUGCUGACAUCAUUAAGGCAGCCAUGGUAAGGAUUGAGGAGGAACUAACUGCAGCAUUUCCUGACACCUCAGGACCUUGUUUUUCAUCAACAAAAAAAGAUAAAGAAAACAAUUUAUACCAAAGUCCUUUUCGAGGAGGUUUCUUGGUUCUACAUCUGCAUGAUGAAUUAAUAUUUGAAGUGAAUCAAAGCGAUUUGGAUCAAGUAAUGAGAAUAGUGAAAAAUGCAAUGGAGAACACCUGGCAACUGUCUGUAAAACUGCCUGUCAAAGUAAAAGUUGGAACUUCCUGGGGUUCAAUGGAAGAUAUCACGUGA